AUGGAUCUCGUCAACCAUGACAUCCAAUUCCGCCGCGAAACCCGCCUCGACAUCGCGCUGGUCAAGAAUCUCCCAAUCGCGCUCAUCUUCCUCCCCGCCGCAGACAUCCCAACCUUUGUCGGCGAGGGCCGCGUCGACCUCGGUAUCACCGGACGCGACCAGGUCGCCGAACAUGAUGCGCAGCUGGCCGAGGGCGAGGUCUCGGGCGUCGAGGAGAUCAUGGAUCUCGGGUUCGGCGGGUGCAAGCUGCAGGUGCAGGUUCCGCAGAAGGGCGACAUCACGGAGGCGAAGCAGUUGAUCGGCAAGAACGUUGUGACCAGCUUCACGGCGCUGACGAAAGCGUUCUUCUCCCGGCUGGAGGGUGUGGAGGUGGGUCAGAAGCUCAGCACCAAGAUCAAGUAUGUCGGUGGUAGUGUCGAGGCUGCUUGCGCUCUUGGUGUGGCCGACGGUAUUGUCGAUCUUGUCGAAUCCGGCGAGACCAUGAAGGCUGCUGGUCUCAAGGCCAUUGAUACUGUCGUCGAGAGCACGGCCGUGCUGGUCAAGUCUAGGUCAACCCAGAACUCCCUUGUUGAUUUGAUCACCUCUCGUAUCCGUGGUGUUAUCACCGCCCAACGAUACGUCCUGUGCCAGUACAACAUUCCCCGCUCCGAGCUAUCGGUUGCCUCGCAGAUCACCCCCGGCAAGCGUGCGCCCACAAUCACCGCUCUCGAGGAGGAGGGCUGGGUGGCCGUCAGCUCCAUGGUCGAGAAGAAGAAGAUUGCAACCGUCAUGGACGAGCUGGUCAAGGUCGGCGCGUCGGACAUUCUGGUCCUCAACAUUGCCAACUCGAGAACGGGUUAG